UCAGUUGAAAACUUCCCCUAAUCCCGCGAAGGAAAGUGAAGCGUGAAAAAUCGCGGAGCACACUCCCACCAGUGGUGAGCUUCAGGCUCCCAAUUCGAUCUCUGCUCCCCCCUCGUCUCUCUCCGGCCUCCCCCGCCGCCGCCGGCCUCCGCGCGGCGCACUCGGACCUCACCCCCCGGCACCGUGUGCCGCGUCGAAGGCACGCGCACGGCGCACCAGCGCGGGGGCAUCUGCCUUCCCCCCGUGGCUCCACCGCUCCACGGCUCCACCAAACAAGGAGUACUAGCCCGUAAUCCGGCAAGGUUGGCGCAUGUCGAGCGCUGUGGUGAACGGGCUGGCCGGCGCCGGCGGCGGCAUCAUCGCCCAGAUCAUCACCUACCCCCUCCAGACGGUGAACACCCGGCAGCAGACAGAGAGGUCAGCGAAGAAGAAGAAGGGUGGUGGUGCCGCCGCCGCCGCCAACACUUCCACCCUCUUCCAGAUGCUCCAGCUGAUCCAAACGGAAGGAUUGGGUGGGUUGUACAGCGGCCUCAAGCCCUCUCUUAUUGGCACCGCUGCCUCACAGGGAAUCUAUUACUACUUUUACCAGAUUCUCAAAAACAAGGUGGAAGAUCUAGCGGUUUCUCGUGGUAAGAAGGGCCUAGGGGAUGGCACUGUUGGGAUGUUCUCCUGGCUUGGUAUUGCAGCUGUUGCUGGGUCAAUCAAUGUUCUUCUUACCAAUCCAAUAUGGGUUCUAGUAACACGUAUGCAGACACAUACGCAAGCAGAAAAGAAGAUCAUGGAGUCUAAAAAGGAGCUUUUGCUGAAGGAUAUCGCUAGGGCCAAUUCGAUAGAGGCCUCAAUUCUUAAGGAUAGGUUAUAUAGACUUGAUUCUGAAAAGCCUCGACCGUAUGGUACAGUUCAAGCGGUUCGGGAGGUCUACCGUGAAUCAGGCAUAAGAGGAUUCUGGAAAGGACUUAUUCCAACACUAAUUAUGGUAUGUAAUCCAUCAAUUCAAUUUAUGAUCUACGAAACAUUGGUAAAGCGUCUCCAGUCAAAGAGGUCUGGAAAGGAACAACCCAAAAAGAACAUUACUGCUAUGGAGGUAUUCUUAUUAGGUGCAAUAGCAAAACUGGGAGCUACUGUUGUGACAUACCCAUUGCUAGUGGUUAAGUCUAGGUUGCAAGCGAAACAAGAAAUUGGCAGGAAUGUGAUGUCCAGAUACACAGGUACAAUUGAUGCGAUCAUAAAGAUGAUACGGUAUGAAGGAUUGCACGGGUUUUACAAAGGAAUGGGCACGAAGAUUGUACAGAGUGUUUUUGCGGCCUCAGUUCUUUUUAUGGUAAAAGAAGAGUUGGUCAAAUUCGUGGUCAUUUUAAUUGCUAGGAGUAGGAUUGUGCUCGGUACUAGCUCUAGGAAACGAUAGGCGGUGUUUUUUUUUUAACAUCACAAUUUGUAAUGUCCUCCUCGAGACUAAUAUAUCAAGAUCUAAAAUACUCCCUCCAUUUUUAAAAUAUAAUUAUUU